CGUGUCAAGUCGAGAGUGAGGCACGAGAGCUCAUAGAGAACGUGACUUCGUAACAUUUUCAGUGAAAGAACGUAUUGCAAUACCGUUCUAACCGGCGCUACUGAAUAAUUUUUCGAUAAAAUCACAUCUAAUCACUAAAAUGCUGCCGAGACGACGCGUCAUUGAUCUUUUGCAAGUCAUUUCAUCUCAAUCAUGCAGAUGUCCAGCGCAUGGAAAUCCAGGAGCUACCAAUGUACAGAAACAUGGGAUUGCUCGAAGCACCGCGGCAAACGUUACGCCUAAUAAAGAAUAUGCUUUCGAGAUGGCUUGUUCUACGAUAAGAUAUGGAAUAGGUGUUACAAGAGAAUUGGGGAUGGACAUACAAAAUAUGGGAGCAAAGAGAACAUGUCUGAUGACCGAUCCAAAUUUGGUAAACUUAGCUCCUGUAAAAGUUGCUAUUGACAGUCUCUCAAAACAUGGCAUUCAAUUCGAGAUUUACGAUAAAGUACGCGUGGAACCAACUGAACAAAGUUUACAAGACUCGAUCGAGUUUGCCAAGCGUGGAAAUUUCGACGCGUUUAUAGCGGUUGGCGGUGGUUCUGUGAUGGACACUUGCAAAGCAGCAAAUUUAUACAGUUGUGACCCAAACGCCGAGUUUUUAGACUAUGUAAACGCACCGAUCGGAAAAGGAAAACCGAUUCAGAUUCCUUUAAAACCCCUUGUCGCCGUUUCUACGACUUCCGGUACCGGUUCUGAAACAACUGGAGUAUCUAUUUUCGAUUAUCGGCCACUGAAGGCCAAAACGGGGAUCGCGAACAGAGCUCUACGUCCAACAUUGGGAAUUAUCGAUCCUCAACACACCCUUAGUUUACCAGAAAGAGUAUGCGCGUAUUCUGGUUUCGAUGUGCUCUGUCAUGCUUUAGAAUCUUUUACGGCGAUACCCUACACAGAAAGGACUCCAUGCCCACCAAAUCCGAUUUUGAGAUAAGCUUAUCAAGGUAGCAAUCCUGUCAGCGAUGUCUGGGCGCGAUAUGCUCUACAAGUUAUGCGCAAAUACUUUGAGCGAGCAGUUUACAAUCAAGAUGAUUUGGAGGCAAGAAACCAUAUGCAUUUAGCGAGUACAAUGGCAGGCGUUGGUUUCGGAAACGCCGGUGUUCAUCUUUGUCACGGACUUUCGUAUCCUAUCAGUGGAAACGUUAGAAAUUUUCAACCAAAGGGUUACAGCAAUGAUCACCCCAUCGUUCCUCACGGCUUAUCCGUGGUGAUUUCCGCCCCAGCCGUGUUUUCUUUUACGGGAAACGCAUGUCCAGAGAGACAUCUGGAAGCUGCGGAACUGCUUGGUGCAGACGUUACGAAUGCUAAGCGGGCUGACGCCGGCCAAAUUUUGGCCGACAAGGUUAAAGAAUACAUGCGCCUUAUGAAAAUCGAGAACGGUUUAUCAGAGCUCGGAUUUAAGAAAGAAGACAUUCCUACUCUAGUUCAAGGAACAUUGCCUCAGCAUCGCAUCACAAAACUGGCACCUCGCGAACAAUCUGAAGAGGACCUCGCACAAUUAUUCGAAAAUUCAUUUACAAUCUACUAAUAAUGAAGUUAAUAUUUCAAUAAU